GUAAGAAUGAAAUCGAUAACAAGGUAUCUUUGUUCCUUAACCCAUGCCCUCUGCUUUGCUUCAGUGUUCGUUGUUCUCUGUUAAGCCUUGUCGCCUUCCUCACGCUCUGUCUUGAGAAAUAAUUCAUAUGAACAAAUGAGGGUCCUUACGAGCCAAUAUGACUUCUGUUGAAUCGACUCGGUUGUGCGCUGAGUGGGUUAGUAUGAGUUCGUGAUGUGGCUUUUAGUUCGUGACUUGAUGAGUGGUUCUCAUCGAUGUUAGAGAGUUAAGUCGCUUUUUCCGUCUGUUGAGAGACUUCCGUUCGAUUUCGGCUGUUGCAGUUGGUCACUUACUUUUUGUUUAUCUGUCGUUCGCUUCUGUUUUUGAAUGUCCUCUUGUUUUCGAGUACGGGAGUGAGGCACGAGGGUGGAGAGUUGGUCUUGUUCAUCGCCUCUUUCUGUUUCUUUCGCCUCUGUCUUUUAAGUAGCUAGUUUGAGCCUUAUGGCCUUUUGAAUAAGGCCACGCAUGGUUCAUGGGGGAUGGAUGCGAUUGGCUCUAGAUCCUGGCAUGGUGAACCGGUUCCCUUGGACGUGUCAGGAACGGUGGUCUAGAGUCAGUGCGAGCACCCACCUCCCCUUGCACUUCCACCAGAGUGGCUGGGGGGUGGGACGCCAAGGGCUGAAGCGUCAGCUCUGGGCUUUUAUCUAAUUUAUAGGUUAGAGUCUCUUUAGUUUAAUAAUAUUAGCUUCUGCGCGUUCGUCCUUGCUUUCUUACGAGCGUUCAGUGUGAGAGACGGGUCUAUGUUCUGAUGCCUCUUGCUCUUCAUUCUCCUCGUCAAGGUCAAAUAUCAUAUCUACUAAGGACAUCCAGGACAACGAUCUUCAAACACAUUCGCACUUAUUUGAGGACGAUGAGCGUACUUCUAGCCAAUUGUCAGUGUUUCCAAAAAUCGAGUGCGAUUUAUCAAACCGCAGCAUUGUGGUUUGUUGUGUCUGUCAUCUCCUAACUUAAUCUACGAGGUCUGUGGUAUAUCCAAAACGCUCAGUAAAUGAUAGCUGAUUUUUCCGAGAUAGUCUUUGUAAUUGGUGUUGUUGUAUGUACCACGUAUGAGCCACAUGGUUUUCGAUGGACAUCCCACCAGCGACGUAAAAGGCCCUCCCAAUCCAUCUUCCCAAAUAGGCUUCGUACACAUGCUUGUCUUGCUAUAUUUAGGAUAUCAAUUUAUCAUGAAAAAACAGAAAGGAGCCUCGACCUCACUUCAUCCUCACUCCAUGAUUUUUAGAAAAACAUGACAAGACAAAGACUGAAUAGAUAAUGAGUGCCAUUUCUGGUUUUGUCUCUGCUCUGAUGAUGCCUUGCUAGCGGCAUAAACAAUUCGUAGUUUGUUAUGACGUAGCUGCAUACCAUAUGAUUGAUAAAAACGCGGCCGGUAACUGAUGGUGAUGAUUAGACGUCUUCGUCCUUCUUCUUGCAACAUGAUUCCCCUUCGACAUUCGUUCCAGCGCUAUUAAUUUACCGAUAUUAACACAGGUCGUAGGUCCAAUCCGAAUCGACAACGUCAUCAAUUAACCGAUAUCAACGCAGCACUUACAUUGUCAUUCGUGUAAACAUAAACUCAGAGGACUACAAUCGUUUUCGUUCUCGUUCUUCUUCAUCUGCUUCUGCAUCGUCAAUAUUAUAGAAGAUGAUUCAGGAUUUGCAGCGUUUGGAGCUGGACCCGCACGCGGGACUCCGCAAAAAGCUGCAUCACGCAGAGCAGGCCGAUGAAAAGAAGCAAGUGGUGCAUUAUCGUUUUUCUCUGGAUGGCAAGGUUUCUCGAGGUGGUGUCUCUUCGGGAUCCGGAGACAACAAAGUAGGAUCGCCAGAUCUCUUUCUGAUUCUAAACCUGAGCGGGUCGGUCACGGACUACCGAGGGCACUACUUGGUCACGAGCACGAACGCUUGUCUGCGUGGCAUUGACCAAGACCGCGUGUGGCAAGAGGGCGGGGAAGGUUUCACGUCUGGUUUCUCGCACGGCGGCGCCGACGCAGCGCUCCACAAAGCGUGUGGGCCAUCGCUUGCAGAAGCCUCGCGUGUGCGGCUUCGGGAGAAAAGAAGACGCAUGCUGCUAAGAAGUGAACCUUCGUCGCCCAAAAAUAAUAGGGUCUCAGCGUCUAAUCAGAACAAUUACGGAGGGCGCGGAGAUGGGGGAAGUUCUCCAAAUGAUCCAUACAAGAAUGUAGACGAUGAUGUUGUUGAUGUGGGAGGCAAGAAUUACGGCGCGCCGCCAACUCUGCCUGGAAAGCAGAACUCUAUCAGUGCAAAAGGUGUCGCUCUGCUAGGGAGCGUCGCCAGAAAAAUGUCUGCGUCCAGCAUCAUUUCCGCUGUUUCUGGCAGUUCGGAAGCGAACCCGCUGAAAACGACAUCGCAGCCGGAUCAGGCCGAGCUUGCAUCCUGGAAAUCUAAGUGUGAUCAGUGGUAUGCCGAUCAGCUGUGCGGAGGCAAAAGCACACUAACCCAAGGCGUCCCGUUGUCAUUUCCAGACAGGACAAAGACGUCCGUCGUCACUCCUGGAGCAGACGAAAAUAUGGUGGAGCAGGACCCAAAUGCGGAGCAAGCGAGUGAGCUUUACUCAGAGUACAGCGCCUUGCCCAGUGACCGCGGCCAAGACGAGAACGACCGAGGGGGGAGGAUGAAAGGACAUAGCUACCACAAGAAGGAAGGCGUCCGAGCGGAUUCCGCAUCCGUGAGACGUGCGAUGAACAUGGACGUGAGGUUCCGAGACAAAAAUGGGAACAUGGUCGACCGCAAAAACCGCCUGACCUACGAUAAGAGCACGAAUUCUAACGAAGGGCAGUUCAAAGUUGGCACAAUGCUGGGUCUAGACGACUCUCAUCCAGUCGGGGCCAAAGAAAUGCUGCACACCCGCACUGCCUCCAGAGACCAAUCAUCCAAUGCUGGAUCCGACAUCCAAAAUUCUCCCAGAGGCGGCCCGGUCCUGCUCUCUCCCCGUGAUCCCACAGCUAGCGCGUUAUCUGCUCCAGGAGGCGCGGGGGGAAAGCGGCUGCACCCUGGGGCCAGCCGGUCCAACUCAAAACUGGCAGUAGGCCGAUCGAAUUCGAAACAACUGUUGAGCCAGCGAUCCAACUCCAAAAAUCUUUCGGUCGAGGACCGGUCCAAUUCCAAACGCCUUUUAACAGUAAGUAGCCAAUCGAAUUCCAAGCUAAGCGUUGCUGAUGGACCUGGAGGUGAAAGCUCCGGAAUCAAAAUGUCACCUAGAGGAAUGUCCGCAAAUACUCAUUCUCCCAAUGCCUCCCCAAGAGUGCAGUUAAGCUCCUCACGAGGCUCAUACCGAUCACCGAGAGAAGGCUCCCACGCAGCGGCUGCACCAUCGAAUUCGUUUUUCCAGCAGCAGGCCAUUGGUGGUUCGCAUCGUGAUCAAGAGCGCUUUGGGCGCGCCUCAGCCGCCAGCGCGUGGGAGCUCGAAGUGGACGGCUGUGGCAUUCGGCGGUCCACCAGAGAGGAAAUAUCGCGUGAAGCCGAGAAAUUGGGGUACACCGUUUCGGACGACGCCAGGCGACUGCGUCCGGGUGAAAUCCUUUCUUUGCCGGCGCCAGCGCCGCUGACGUGCAAGUUUUUGCUGGUGACGCACUUGCCCCGCUUCUGUUUGGCAGAGAGCGAUAUGGCGAGGCACCGGAAGGGGAAAACACUAGGAUCUAGCGAGAUCCACGAUCGGGGAAUUCUGCAGCAGUCGAUGAACCACGCGGUGUCGUUAGCUGCCGCCAAAAAUGCAGUGCGGUUGUUUUGGAGGAACACUGUUGCACAUGCGCUUUUCGGCGAUCCCAGCAAUAUGUCACGGCAAGACCCUAUCGACCAAGCAGAGGCACUGAUGCGAAUGCGCCGCCGACCGCACCUGCGUUUAGGCUAUGCACCCGCUGGUUGCGGCGCGCGCCGCUACGACUCUGACGUCGCGGCUUUGCAGGCGUACGCGGGCCUUUGGGACGUUGUCCAGUCUCUGGCAUUGCACCAUCAGCGAGCGCAAAAUAGUAGUACCGCAGCCGCAUCGAGGGCGUCGAGCAAGAUGAGGGGUCGCGAUGGAAAUCCUGACCCGACUGCUGUCGUGAAUGGAACGAAGCUCAUCACCAUCGAAAUCCGAUUCAACGGAAACAAGGGCAUGUACCUUGUCUGGAAGGGAAUGGCCGAAACCGCUUUGCUGCGAGAAUCGAAAGCCUCCUACGUCGAAUGCAAGAAAUCCGCAGAAAUAUUCGGUCAAACAGGCAGUGGUCGGGGUUGCUGUCCUGGCUUCCACAAAAUGGUAGAUGUGGAAAGCGACUUGGACGAUGAUUGAUAUCAUCUAUAACAGAGCAGUUUAUAGCACGCAUGGUGCAUGGAGUAGCAUGGCGUGCAUGGAGCGCAGACCUCUAAGGGACGCAAGCAGCGCGCCCUUUAGCUCCCUGCGAUCCAUGCACUCCAUGCCGUGCGAGCUGGCAAACCUUAUAAAUUACUCUGCUAUAACUAUAGCUAUACUAGAGCCGCUAGUAGUGGUGGACGGAGAACGAUACCAUACUUCUAGAGUCCGCUACUACAAGUAGUGGCCGGAUGAGUCCGUAUCUUUUUGUUUGUGCCUGAGCAUCAAAUAGAAGAAUUUUCUUGAUGAUAUGCCAAUGACUACUUGUCGUGCGAAUGAUUCUCGAAUAAGCAAUGCGGUGUUGCCGUCCCGUCUUGCAUCUUCUACUCGGGACCAUUUUUUUGAGACCACUACCUAGCUGUCAACAGUUAGACUGGGUGGAGUGAUUGCAUUUCACCUGAGAUAUAAUUCCCGUAUUCAUCCUCCUACGACCCGAAGCGCUACUAUGAUCGAAAUGUUAAACUUCUGCAGAAAAUAGAACAUGGUCGCUGCUCUAGCGUUAUAUUUUGGCUGCGAGUGCGACCAGCAUCGUGCUGUUGUACUUUGUUCUGACAACUAUAGAUCUUCUACUUGCUCUUCUUUGUCGUUUUAUAAUGAAAGGAUGUUCGACUCUGACGCAGAGGAAGAUGUCAUUGUCAAGGGCGAACGAACCGCCGUAUCAACUCCGUAAUAAUAUCCGUCCCAAUGCUUAUUUCGUGUGAAGAGCAUCACGGGCAGGAGCAGUUGGCAAU